GUCGGAGCCAUUCUUGUAUUUAUGGUCGCCAGUCCAUAACAAGCACAGGAGGCGUUAGCCAUGAAAAUGGUUUUUAAAAAGCUUCAGAAUGUUUUGGUUUUGCUACUUUGUAGUGCAUUGCUAAUAAGGUUCUCUGAUGCAAAAGAUUUUCGAUACAAGCAUUACACUUUCAGGAAAAAACAGAGGCUAGUGAGUAUUGAUUACAUUUGCGAAGAAAUUCGUGAGGUUGGAAUAACAGGUGAAACUAAUUCAAAAUUUCUUUGAACACUUACUUGAAACCCAAUAACUCUUGAGUUUGGUUGCACCUAUUUCGUUAAGUUGAAUUAUGUUCGAGUGUGGAAGUAUAUUUUCGGGAAGUAAGUAAAACUGUGUUGAAAUUAGUUCGAAAGUAAAUUUGAGGUAAAUUUUAGAAGUACUCUAAACUUGUAGACCAAGAUUUUCUUGUUUUGAUGAAAACAAAAUAAAACUAAUUACGUUAAUAAUAAAAUUCCUUGUUUGUCACAAGAACUCCUCCGUCUGUCAUAUUUUUUCAGGCCAAGAGGUAUUCGCCAUUGGAAAAAGAUUGUGAAACUAUAACCUGUCAAGGGUUUGUUGGGUUUGAACUUACUAAAUGUACACGGCAGUGUAUAUCACAAUUCUGCUACAAUGAGCUGUAUGCCUGGGAUGAGGCGAGUAUAUUUGUUUAAUAUUUUCAGUUAUGUAAUCCUGUUAUUAAGUACCAGUGUUAAUGAGAUGUAAGGCUACUUCACAUGGAUUUAUGCCUGAAUGUUAUUGUAUUGAAUUUUUCCUGGAAUAUCUUAAGAUCGUGGAGGCCCAAGUACAUUGUACUAAAUUAUGAAACACAAUUUCGGACAAAAUUAGAGCAGCGCUAUCUUUUAGAGCUUUCAAAGAGCAGCUAAAGAAAAUUUUUCUGUGCAGCUAUUCAAUAAUAGAUCGCAGAUGAUCGCAAUAUGUGGUAAGAACAAAAAAGUGGCACACGAGGUACAACGUACCCGAUGUCACCAAUGUUUUCACCACAUGUAGACGUCUUCUGUUACCUAUAAAUGCUGUUAAUUUUGACAUCUCAACGUCUGUACUCCAGUAGAUCCAAAUGUGUGCAUAAUUCAGCUUAUAAUAUAAAUUUAUUUAUAUCAGAUUUGGCUUGGUGAGAUCUGGUCACCAUUUCUUGAUAAGCUGAGCUUAAAUUUUUUGGGGAGCACUGGCCCUGGUCAAAGUCUGCAGAUUUCUUGGUUUUAGUCGAUUUAUGACCGAAUUCAGUAUAGCCGUUCCUGUAGAAAUUGUGGAAUUGAUAUUACAUCACUAUAAAGCUCUUCUUCUGCUUCUUUUUUUUUUAUUGUUCAAAGAUUUUGUCAUAGCCAUUAAAAAACAAUUUUAUUGUUUUUGCCUCAAGCUUGAGCAAGGUGAGAUAGAUGUGCGGCUGACAUCUUUCAAGGGGUGUGUGGUGAAACAAUUAAAAGAUCAAGAGAGCAAGAAGCAUGGCUAAUUUUAACAGAAAAAAAAUAACUACAAGAUUUUUGCAGAUCACCACAACUGUUCCUUUUAGUAGUAAACAUACAUGUAGAAAAGAACAUGGAUUUUGUUAAUAAGGGCCAAAAAGCAGAGCAACGAACUUGUGUGACCUCACUCAAAAACAUUCAAUAGCAGUUAGCCACUAAUUGUAGCUUACAGCAAGGUAAAAGGGUAAACUACUGGAAAUUCAUAAUUGAAGUGUUGUAAGUUUUGUGGAACAGUAUGUUCUUUGUUGUACAGUUAGAAGCUCUGGGUUUUAACUAUUUAUCAAUUACAUUAAUGACCUAAAAUGUAACGUACUUACUUUUCUCUUUUCACUUAUAAGAGUUUGAAGCUGUCCUGUUUUAGAAAUCCUAUUUGAUUUACAUAUCAUUUUUAAAAACACAAUUUCCACAAUCAGGAGGCUGCACUCCUCACAAAUAGUGAAUGGAGUAAAAACCAAGAAUACAUGUUCUGUAACUUAACAUUAAUAUUAAUCUCAUUAAUAUGAAUCUGGACAUCAAAAAUGAAGAGGUCUGAAAUUAGUACAGGCAGGUUACAUUUGUCUUUUCCUAGACUGAGCAAUUUGUUUGACAUGCAAGUCAAAAACUUGGGCUGAACCAAUGGUUAGAUAACACA